AUGGCUUCUCCAAACCUCAACGCCGCUGAUCUUUUCGGCGUCAAGGGCCUCAUCGCCGUAGUCACCGGUGGGGGAACUGGCAUUGGUCUCAUGAUUGCACAAGGUCUUGAGGCGAACGGGGCGAUCGUGUACAUCAUCGGCCGACGAAAAGAAACUUUGGAACAAGCGGCAAAAACAGCUAAAAACGGCAACAUUCGCACAAUCCAAGGUGACAUCACUUCAAAGAGCGACCUCGAGCGAGCGGUAGCAGAGAUCAAGGAGGCCCACGGAUAUGUCAACGUCGUCAUCGCCAACUCAGGAAUCGGCGGACCACCUCUCAAGGGCUUGCCUCCUAACCCAACCAUCGCUCAGUACCGCGACUUUGUCUUCGGCUGGGAGCAAAAAGAUUUCACAGAGACCUUUGCUGUGAACACCACCGGUGUAUUCUUCACUGUCGCAGCAUUCCUCGAACUCCUUGACGAGGGCAACAAGCGCAGCAACUUCAAGCAGAGGAGCCAAGUCAUCGCGACCAGCAGCAUUGGCGCGUACAACCGCAACCCGUUGGGCUUCGCCUAUGCAGCGUCAAAGGCAGCUGUGGUGCAUAUGUUUAAGCAAUUGAGUACCACUUUGGUUCCCUUCAACAUCCGCGCCAACGUCAUUGCACCUGGGUUCUACCCGAGUGAGAUGACAACUGCAACAGUCGAGGAACAUAAGGACGGCUGGCCGAAGACUACCAUUCCUGAAGAGAGGGCAGGAGACGUCGAGGAUAUGGCUGGUGCGGCACUGUUCUUGGUUAGCAGGGCAGGCGCCUACACCAAUGGCAAUGUGCUCGUGACAGACGGCGGACGCCUUGGAGUCGUGCCUUCUAGCUACUAA